AUGGCUUGUGGUCAUUCUGGCAAUGAUAAUCAAAAUACAGCUACACAAAAAACAGCCACUGUAGCACCCACUGUGACCAAACACAUUUCACUGCAUUAUCAUAUAGCUCAUCCACUCAACUAUCAUUUCAUCCUGGAUGAACCUGAUAAAUGUAGUCAGUGGGAUCCGUUCCUGGUCUUGAUGGUCCCUGUGGCGCCCAAUCAGGUAGCAGCUCGUAACGCCAUCCGGAGCACGUGGGGGAAUGAGAGCACAGUCCAGGGAAAAGCAGUGAUUACUCUGUUCCUGGUGGGUUUGACUGGAGGAUCCGACUCUGAAAAAGCUCAACAGCAGCUGGAGGAAGAGAGCCAACAACACAGAGACUUACUGCAGAGCAACUUUGUGGACUCGUACUUCAACCUGACCAUAAAGACGAUGGUGAUCAAUGACUGGAUAGCCACUAAUUGCCCUCAAGCAACUUUCAGUAUGAAGGUUGAUUAUGACAUGUACUUAAACCUGGAAAACCUGAUGACCCUUCUAUCGGCACCCAUCACACCCAGACAGUGGAAUGUUGAUGUGGAACCGGCUCGUCGUCAGAAAAAAACCUCAAAAGUGUCAGAGGAGCUGUACCCUGAAUUAAACUACCCCAUGUACCUGCUAGGAACAGAAUGUUUUCUCCAGUUACCUGCCAGAUAA